CCUCCUGCCUAAGCCCGCGGCCCAAUCAGCGGGCGCCCCCCACCCGGCCCGCCCCCUCCCCCUCUGGUGACAGAAAGUCGGCCCAGCAGAUGAGGAAGUGGCAGGCAGCCUGGCCCUGGGGACACCUCUCUGGCCCUGCUCCUAACGAGCCCUCCACGACUGCCCGCCUGGCCCCCACUGAGUCCUUAGCCAGGAUGGAGGCUGUUGUGAACUUGUACCAGGAGAUGAUGAAGCACGCAGAUCCCCGGAUCCAGGGCUACCCUCUGAUGGGGUCCCCCCUGCUAAUGACCUCUGUCCUCCUGACCUACGUAUACUUCGUUCUUUCACUUGGGCCUCGCAUCAUGGCCAAUCGGAAGCCCUUCCAGCUCCGCAGCUUCAUGGUUGUCUACAACUUCUCACUGGUGGCAUUUUCCCUCUACAUCGUCUAUGAGUUCCUGAUGUCUGGCUGGCUGAGUACCUACACCUGGCGCUGCGACCCAGUGGACUUUUCCAACAACCCGGAGGCACUGAGGAUGGUUCGAGUGGCCUGGCUCUUCCUGUUCUCCAAGUUCAUUGAGCUGAUGGACACGGUGAUCUUUAUUCUCCGGAAGAAAGAUGGACAGGUGACCUUCCUACAUGUCUUCCACCACUCAGUGCUUCCCUGGAGCUGGUGGUGGGGGGUAAAAUUUGCCCCAGGAGGAAUGGGCUCUUUCCACGCCAUGAUCAACUCCUCUGUGCACGUCAUCAUGUACCUGUACUAUGGAUUGUCUGCCCUUGGCCCUGUGGCUCAGCCCUACCUUUGGUGGAAAAAGCACAUGACAGCUGUCCAGCUGAUCCAGUUUGUCCUGGUCUCGCUGCACAUCUCCCAGUACUACUUCAUGCCCAGCUGUAACUACCAGUAUCCAAUCAUCAUCCACCUCAUCUGGAUGUACGGCACCAUCUUCUUCUUGCUCUUCUCCAAUUUCUGGUAUCAGUCUUACACCAAAGGCAAGCGGCUGCCCCGUGUACUUCAGCAAAAUGGAGCUCCAGGUACUGCCAAAGUCAAGGCUAACUAACUGAGAAGCAUGGCCUAGCUAGGCGCCCACCUAAGUGCCUCAGGACUGCACCUCGGGCAGCAUCAUCUGUCAUUGUCCUCCCCAGCUACACCUGUGACCAGGGCUUGUGUGGUCAGGACUGAGCAGGGGACAGGCCCCCUGCUCUCCACAGCUGGUCCACAGGGACCACUGCUUCCAUUCCUCCUCUUCUCCUGGCCAGCCCCAGGGACAUGGCCUCGUUGCCCUCUGCCACUCCAGAGCGAGGGGCCGAAAGGGCUGGACACUUAUUUCCCCCUCCCUGCCUUACACGUGGGAGAGGAGCACUCAGGGCUGGCCCCCACCAGGGUCUUGUGGCCUUUUUCCUCACACUGAAGAGGUCAGCAAUAAUCUGUCACUGUGGACCCAGGCUCCCUCCUUCUCCACCCCACACUGAAGUAGGAGCUUCUUGGCCAAAGGUCAGGGUGGUGGGGGCCUGGGAAUAAAGCCUGUGGAGGCUGCUCACUCCUUUAUGUCUUCAUUAAAAGUGACAGAGGAAA